AUGGCUCUCGAGAAAGCAGCGGCUGAAGCAUAUGAGUUUGCAAUGGAGCCUCCGACCUAUUUCUCCAUUCUGACCCUCGGCGUUUUGGCUAUCCUCACUCCUUGGAUCAUUGAAAUUUUGGGCUUUGGCGAGUUGGGACUGAUUGAGGGAAGCUUUAUCGCAGCGUGGCAGUUCUAA